AUCGGAGCGACAACCAUCGUCAACAUCACCAUGUCAUUUCGUCUCCCUAGUACGCCGAAUUCGCGUUCGCUUCAGUCGCAACCAUCAACUACUCCAGCUGGUCCACCUCCGACAUGGCUUACCGACAAAUCAACAACACCAUCAGGCCCGCCGCCUCGCAUGAACUUCAAUAGCUCCUACAACCCUUCUAACAAUACCUUUGGCUCACAACGAGGUUAUACUGCGCCAAAUUUCGACGAUGACGCCGACUAUGAUGACGACGCGGACGCCGAUAUGGACGACGAGGAAGAUCAAGACAUGCCGUCUUUGCCCCGGCCGAAUGCCUUCCUCAGCUCGAUGGCCGCAAGUCGGGCAAGUCCGCGCGGCUUAAAGAGAAGUCGUGAUGGAACGAUUCGUAGCGAAGGAGAGAUGGGCGCAAUCGCGGCGGGGAUUGUCGGCCGCAGCAAGCCUGCACAAUUGACUGAAGACGACGAGAUCAUCAUCAGCAUUGAGAGGUUUACGGCGUCCCUCAACGACGCGGCACGAACACAGAACAACCUGACCGUGGAUGGUCUCACGGAUCGAUGUGCGGCUUUGUCUGAGCUACUAGCACGUCAAAGCGAUGCGAGAACAAAACCAGGGACUCUAGGGCCCGCUUCCGACGAUGCAUUCACAAAAGCCAAUUACCUUGCAUCAUUGCUCUUGCAACUACACUUUCCUCAUGCUGUAACCAGGAGCAGGACACAGACCCAGGCAGGACGUAAGAGGGACGCUGCAAGGGCAGAGCGAGGAGUCCCGAUCCCCGAAGCGCUGCUCAGAUGGCUGAACACAUAUCAUCUUCCUUUUCCGGACGACUAUGACUCUGUACAUCUCUUUCGUCCUUCUCCUUCCGCCCAUGAGUCAUUUUGGGACCUUGUCUUUGGCUCAGCAAUGCGUGGUAAACUCGACCGCGUGAUCCGCUUGCUGAGAGAUGCGGGGUGGGAGAACGCAUACACAGCUGCUGACGACGGCUCCGUGGAAGAUGGCUAUACAGGGUCGCAAUUGCAAGCUACAGAGGAGGUCACUUCAUACGCAGCUGAUGUGAUUGAAUCUUGCCCUGCAGUGCAAUAUUCAGAUUGGGAAGUGACGAAUGCUAGUUGGACUGCAUUCCGCCAACGUGUCAAGCUGGCUUUGGACAAACUCACGAGCUUUGCUGAGAGCGAUAUGGAUCAAUCUCGGUCCGAAAGGAACAUGUUUGAGCAAAGUGCUGGCGAAUCUGUCAUGAGUUUGUCGACCGCCAGCAGGCGUGCCGAGAGUCGUGUACCCUGGACCAUCUACGAAAAUCUUUCCUUGCUGUAUAAGUUGCUGCUUGGCUCGAUAGACGACGUACUCCUCACGUCUCAAGACUGGUUGGAAGCUACCUUAUAUUUGACGAUAUGGUGGGAUGGCUCCGACGAUGCAGCUCAUGAUCAGGGGUUGAGCAAGAGCAUGCAACACAGACACGUAGCUCAGAAGCCUCGAGAAGUCGAUGUUUCGCCACUUCCCGCGUACCGUUCACGACUCACUGAUGCCUUCAUCAAAGUGACGGCAGACCCUUCAGAAAACGUAUUCGCCGUUAACACAAUGGAGAUUGUCGAGGUCGGGCUUGCUUGCAUUUUGGAGGAGAGCGUCGGCAGUGUUAUUUCAAUUCUGCGAACGCUCAGUAUGCCUAUUGCCACGUCAAUCGUUGAGCUCGCGUCGAUUGGGGGCUGGCUGCCUCUUGCGCGACCCCGAAGCCGUGGCCAACUGUUGGGGCAAGGCUUCUCCGAAGAAGACCUUUUAGUUCUCUCACAUGGCCCUCGAAAGCCAGGUCCGCAGGAUAUUGACAGGGAUCAAAUAUUUGGAGAGUAUGCGGACCUCCUUGCCCGGAAAACCAAGAUUCAUAACAAGGAAGGCUGGGAAUUAGCAGUGGCUGUCCUGAGCCGUCAAGAUGAUUCCGCCGGAUCAACCAAGCAAAUGAAAGCCUUACUCGAUCAGGUACCACUAUCGGACGACCAAAGCGUCGACAAGAUUCUUGCUGUUUGUGAUGACUUUGGCCUGGACACACAACGCGCUGAUAUCGCCGAGCGUUAUGCCGACGAGCUCGCCGCAGACGAAUUGCAGCAAUAUGGCGCAACACUGUUCUACUAUGCACGCGCUCACGCAGUUGGAAAGGUGCGAAGGACGCUCGAAUUGCUGACAUCCUUAUGUCUUCUGCACUCUGCGCCGUUGCCAUCGGCAGAAACUAUUGAUGCGAAACUCGAAUCUUUACUCAGCCGCGAUCGCCCAGCGCUUCGAGAACUUGCCCGGCUUGAUCUUGAAGCCGCGACUCUACUCUCUUCACAAUUCAGUGGUUAUGCCACUUUGCGACGCUUCUACGAACUGCGUGAUCAGGAUGUGCAGGGCGUGAAAGCAUAUUCUAGAAACACACGAACCCUCAGACCAUUGGAACGACGACGCCAGGCAGCUACUGCAUUGUUCGGUGUGAUCAAAAGCGCGGCGGAUUGCAUCCCUGGAGGUCUAUUCGACCACGAAGCAGAAUCUGUGGUUUCGGUCGAAGGACUUUUGGUGCUUUUCGGCGAAGCACUUCCAUUCCUCGGUCAAGAUAAGCGCAUCUUCACAGAGAGCCAGAUCUUUACGCUUCUUGGGAUUGUGGAGGAUUACGCCGCCGCGCCUGCUCGCGUUCACGAGAAUGCCGACAGCUUGUUGGCUGCCAGUCUUACGGCGUAUCAGGGAAACAGCGAGUCGGGUUCCACGAAUGCCAAGAAUGCCACAGCAGAUCUCAGUGCAAGUGGCAGUUGGGAUAUGAUCGCUUCGCGGUCUAUCAUGCUGCAUGAUCAAAAUGGGCAGACACGGAUACAACUGAAUAGAGCUUGGGACUGGCGAAAAGGCCUUGUAGACCUCUACGGCAUUACUGCUGGGGACGCGCGCGUCGUUGCACUUCUGCGAGACGCGUUGGCGAGAGAAAUGGCUAAUGGUUGGGGAGGUUUGCUGAAUUGGUAGAUGACAUUGAACGAAUAGAAUGUUGUUUGCGUGAAUUCCACAAUGUAAUUAUUUUUUCUCAUUCCGAUCAAAACAUUUCGCCGUGCAA